GGCUCGUCUCCGUCCCGCUUCUUGAGACCCGGAUACCUUCUCCCCUAGCUUCUAGAGCCUCCUGGUCUGGGCCCCUUUCUUGACCCCGUUCCAAAACCGCCUGACCGGCUUCACGUGGUGGAAUCGUAAAAUUAGAUCUCGAAAGGAGAUCUAAGUUGGGGGAUCCCCUCCUGCCAUUUUAUAGCUGAGAGAGCCGAGGCCUGGGAGUGCUCAAAGCCGUGGUUUGCAUCCAGGUUCUCUGAUGAUGAGCAACGUCCUGGGAAUCCAUGGGGGCUAGAAACGGGGAGAAGCAUAGGAGAAAUACCGGGUGGGCGGUCGGAUGCCUUGCUUUGCUGCUUUUCCGUCGGAUUUUUGAUGAAGUUGAGUCAUGAAACUGUAACCAUUGAAUUGAAGAAUGGAACGCAAGUGCAUGGAACAAUCACAGGUGUGGAUGUCAGUAUGAAUACACAUCUUAAAGCUGUGAAAAUGACCCUGAAGAACAGAGAGCCAGUACAAUUGGAAACACUGAGUAUAAGAGGAAAUAACAUUCGGUACUUCAUCCUCCCAGACAGCUUACCUCUGGAUACUUUACUUGUGGAUGUUGAACCAAAGGUGAAAUCUAAGAAAAGGGAAGCUGUUGCAGGAAGAGGCCGAGGUCGGGGUAGAGGAAGAGGACGUGGUCGUGGCAGAGGAAGAGGGGGUCCCAGACGAUAACUUCUCCCAUGAAUACUAUUAUGCAGCUCCUAGCAAGUCAUUGAUUUUUUUGUACAGGUUUUGUCUAUGAUGUUGGUUUUUAAUAAACACAAAUGUGGGAAAGA